AUGCUGUACAAUAUUCGCCAAUUCGAAUACAUACGUGCUGGUUGCCACUCUGCUGAAUUCUGGAUUUCUAGUUUGUCGGGUUGUACUGAUAUACGUACGAAACUUAAUUACCACAUUUUGGCGUCGCGAUUGGAACAAUUCAUCAUGCCUGCAGAAAUGGAACUAUUAGAUGUUAAUUCAACUGCACGUGACGUAGAGAAUUAUUUGGAACGAUUCGACAUAUGGUGCCUCACAAAAUCCGAUAUGGAUGAUAAGAAACUCACUGCAUAUUUCCUGCAUUUCGUUGGCAAGGAGGCGUAUACUUUAAUCAAGAAUUUAGUAUAUCCUGAAUCUCCAAUUGAUAUUUCUUACACUGCAUUGAAAAACAAAGUUCUUCAACACUUCAAACCGAUUAACUUCGUAGCAGCCGAAAGAGCUAAGUUCAAUAUGUUAGCCCGCUCUCAUUCUCAGUCGGUUCGUGAUUUCGUGUUACAGCUGCAGACACAGGCAGCCAAAUGUGACUAUGGUGCCCAACUGGAAGACCAGCUGCGUGAUAGACUCAUUGCUGGCAUUCAACUGCCCGAAUUACAGCAGAAGCUGUUACUCUGUCCGGAUCAGAAAUUUCAAACUAUUCGGAAAAUAUGUGAGCAGUAUGAAGAUGUGAAGCAUGUGACGAAGACUGAGGAAGCAGUCUUGUUAAAUUAUUCUAAAAGAAAUAAUUCAAGGAUGCGGACGAACAACAAAUUCAAACCUCGAACAGAUUCUCGUGCCUCAAAUCCAUCAACACGUCACUUCACAGAUCGUAACCCUAAUCCGAUGGCUCAAAAAUUCGGGAAAUGCGAGUCUUGUGGACGAAACCAUUCCAGAUAUUCAUGCCCCCACAGACGAGCCAAGUGUUUUAGCUGCGGUAAAACAGGACACAUUCAACUUGUCUGCAGACGUGUGGAUGACGAAGUAGAUCCGUUGGAGACCGCCAGCAUAGUUAGCAUCGCAAGUGAUGGCAGCGAAACGUUUACACAUUCUUCUACGGAUGUUGAGGAUAUCGCCGCAAUACAGUCUGUCAUUGAGCGUGUUAAUGUCGCCAGCGAAUCCCUAAUCGAGAAGCGUCCAGAGGUGCGCAUUAAGGGACUGACCUAUCUACUGGAUGCCUUUCGUAUGCACUACUUAUGUCUGGAUGAGUCGUGGAACUAUUCGGACACAUUUUUCAGUGGAAUCGAAAACGUGUUGAAGAAGGGGAAGGCACAAGAUCAAACUUUAGCUGCGGAAUGCUUGGCUGUAUUCGCCUUUCAGUUUGAUUCACAGAAUAUUGUUGAAUGCUACGCCAGGUUCUUGCCCGUUUUGGAUACUGCUCUUAGAGACGUCACUGCUCCUUGCGCAUUUCGUGCAGCAUGUUCAGUCGCGUUAGCUGUGUUUCAUUUUCUAACCGGUCAUUGUGAGUUUGUUGCCCCCAAAGACUUGAUGAAAUCAUUGGAAUCAGUCUUCAGAGGUUCUUGUUUGAAGGGAGACGGGAAAGCGCCGGUUCUGGACCCAACAGUAAGCGCUUUUCAUGUAUCAGCACUUCGAUCUUGGGGCUUAUUGUACACUUUACUCACAUCCUAUGAUGCUGGUCCGGUGGGAACCGCUCUACUUCCUGUUGUUAUAAGCCUCCUUCAGUGCGCGAAUGUUGACAUGCGAAUAAUGGCUGGUGAAAUAGCUGCCCUCAUCUAUGAACGAAUACGCGCCGAAGUUGACGAACGGUUCAAAGGCCCCUAUUACACAGACCUAGUAAGGCUACUUAAUGAACUCGCGACAGACGGUACGAAAUCGCGCUCAAAAGUAGACCGCAAACGACAGAGGCAGUCAUUUCGUGAACUGGUGGAUACGGUCACUCAUCUAGGUACAGCCGAAACAACCGUAAAUUUCGGCUCCGAAGUGUUGGUUUUGACUUCCUGUACCGAACACUUUUACUACGAUUUGUUGUGUUGCUUACUGAAGGGCGGAAUGACUCGGCAUCUUCAGGAGAACUUCCAAGUGCGGGAUUUAUUCGAUCUCGGCUUGCCGGUCGUUGUCUCACACAGUCCGCUUGAUCGACGCGCAUUGAGGGAUCAACGACGGCUAGCUAAUCUUUUUGCCUGCAAACUGCGAACGCAGAAACGUGGUUCUCAUCGUGAUCGACGCAGCAACGUCGUGCAUCAAGGUGACUACUAACUAGUCUCUACUUUUCCAGUAAAUUGCCUUGCACAACUCCAUUGAAUUCUUUAAAUGAUACCCCAAUGCGUAUUUUUGUCUUGUAUUAUACUUGUAGAAUGUAUAUCCAAUAUUUUCGUUCU